GAUGACAUUUCCGGAAGAAGAAGAAAAAAAAUUCAUCUAGCUUUUAAACCAUGUUUUUUAUAGAUCGUCUCUUAUUCGUCGUCUAGGCACAGAAGGAGAGUUGCGUCUCAUGUUCAAUGUUUCCACCAAAGCAAUUUCAAGAACCAAACACUUCAGAUUCUCUUCAUCGUCUUCAUCUCCAAAAUCAAUCUCAAGCUCAAAACCCAUCGAAUUCUCUCUCGUCUCCGCUCUCAAAUCAUGCUCCUCCUCCUCCUCCCUCUCCUCAGGCCAACAGCUCCACGCUCACGCUCUCAAAUCCGGCCUCGACAGCUCCAACCUCUUCGUCCGCAACGCCCUCAUCAACCUCUACGCCAAAUGCGGCCUCCUCGGCGAUGCCCGCUUCCUCUUCAGCUCAUCAGCCUCCCUCGACACCGCCUCUUUUAACACCAUGCUCGUCAGUUAUGUCAAAUCCCGCAAAAUCGACGAAGCCCGCAACUUGUUUGAUGAAAUGACCCAACGAGACUGUGUCUCGUUUACGACGAUGAUAAUGGGCCUUGCCCAAAAUGGGUUUUCGGCGGAAGCCCUGUUGUUGUUUUCCCAAAUGGUGGGCGAUGGAGCUAGGCCCAAUGAGGUUACGCUGGCGACCGUGCUCUCGUCUUGUGCUCGUUUGUGUCGUGAUUUGGGGAAGAUGGUUCAUGGGUUUGCGAAGAAAACCGGUCUUGAUGGGUUUGUUCUUGUAGGGACCAAUUUGGUGAAUUGGUAUGGUGUUAGUUCCGAUUUAGAGGACGCUAAGAAAGUGUUUGAUGAAACGCUGGAGAGGAAUACGGUCACAUGGAAUGCGAUGCUUAAUGGAUAUGCGAAGGGGGGAAUGGUGGACUUGGCUGAGGAUUUGUUUCAGAGGAUCCCUGUAAAGGAUUUGGUAUCUUGGAGCACAAUGAUUGAUGCAUACUUGAGGGUGGAUAUGUUGGAUGAAGCUCUUUUUGGAUUCUGUGAGAUGUUGAGAAGAGACCCAGAGGCAAGACCAAAUGAAGUAAUGCUUGUAGAUCUAGUUUCUGCCUGUAGUCGCCAUGCCGCAUUAGGAGAAGGAAGCCAGUUGCACACUGUGAUAGUUAAAGCUGGAUUGGAUGGUCAUUCUUUUGUUCAGGCAACACUUAUACAUUUUUAUGCUGCAUGUAAGAAGAUUGAGCUUGCUUGUGUGCUGUUCGAGUCAUUUGACAAGGAAAAUAUUUCGUGUUGGAAUGCUCUGAUGGCAGGAUUUCUAAGGAAUGGCAUGGUGGAUGCAGCGAGGAGUUUGUUUCAUGAGAUGCCCGAGAGAGAUGUCGUUUCUUGGAGUAGCUUGAUAUCUGGAUAUAUUCAAUUUGACAGUUCCGAUCUAGCAUUAGAGCUUUCUCAUGAUAUGAUCAGGCAUGGAGUUAAACCUAAUGAGAUUACACUUGUUAGCGUUCUUUCUGCUAUUGCAAAUUGUGGACCACUGGAACAAGGGAAAUCUGUGCAUUGCUAUUUAUAUAAAAAUAAUCAGUCCAUUCCUCUUACUGAUAACUUAAUAGCAGCCCUGAUUGAUAUGUAUGCGAAGCGAGGAAACAUCAACGGUGCAUUGAGGGCAUUUUCUUAUCAUCAGAAUGCUACACCUUUCUCGACAACAUCACCUUGGAAUGCAAUAAUUUGCGGUCUAGCUAUGCACGGUCAUGCUGAAAUGUCUCUCAAAAUAUUCUCAAAUAUGCGAGAAGGGAAAUUUGUUAAACCAAAUGCUAUUACAUUCAUUGGGGUUCUGAGUGCUUGUUGCCAUGCUGGGUUAGUUUCUGCCGGGAGACAACAUUUCAAGUCUAUGAUGAGUGUGUACGGAAUAAACCCAACUAUCAAGCACUAUGGUUGUAUGGUGGAUCUUGUAGGACGAGCGGGUUGCUUAGAAGAGGCAGAGAGAUUGAUCAUGGAUAUGCCGAUGAAGGCAGACGUGAUGAUUUGGGGAAGCAUGCUCUCCAAUGCAAGGACUCAUGGCGAUAUGGAAGUAGCGGAACGGGCUGCAGAGAGAUUGGCGAGGCUAGAACCAAGUCACGGGGCAGGGAGAGUGCUCUUGUCCAAUGUUUAUGCAGAUGCUGGCAAGUGGGAUAAUGUGUUUGUUGUUAGGAGAGAGAUGCAGCAAGAAAGAUUGACAAGGGUCCCUGGAUGUAGUGGCAUUCUCUGAUGUCUUUCCAACCUGCAAAUAAAAAUUAUUAUUUUUCUAUAAAUU